UACUCUUGUCUGUUAUUGCAGACCGUGCUGUGAGCUGUACCAUGUCUGCUGCACCUACCGUGAGACUGAUGUGGUUCGCCAGUGGCUUUUCUAUUUUGCCAACUUGGUAGUGGACUCGGUAAUGUUCUGCAUGACCAUGUCGGGUCUGUGGUCGUACUACAAAGCAUUAAACGAUAGUUCUGCCGAGUUAAUCCAAGUACUUGUGAGAGGCGCGACUGCAUUCUAUGUUGUUAACGUUCUCUAUGACGUCCUGGGUAUAGUCAGUUGGACGAAAUACCAGAAUAGCCCGGUAGCAUCUGCCUUCUCAGCAAUUUUGAUGCCGCUUCUAGCGAUCUGCGGCCAAAGAGUGGUGCAUGAUUUACGUCGGACGCCACCAAUGUCGUGCUCUACUCGAGAUCUGAGCCAGGUGAUCAACCAGCAACUCGGGGCGUUCCCAUCCCGGUAUAAGGUUUCUGUUGGGGGAGUAUCCAUGAUUCUGGAAGGCAGUUCAGAGGUGGAAAGAAAAAGAGGUUCGCGUGUCGAUGAAAUUGGCAUCGCAAUAGAAGAUAGUGGUGAACCCCGGCCAGACGAUGGUGCAUGGUUCUCGUGAAGGCACUUUGCCUUGAAUUUCGCUGGAUAGGAACCGAUUUGGGCGUAUUAGCGUCGGUUCAAACGGCUGCUCAACAGCUUAUCGAUAUAUCGGUGUUUCCCGUGAUAAAACUCUAGGUGAUUUCGUUAUGGCGCAAGUGUACCUCCGUCAUUCUUGGGAUGAGCCAACGUUACAUGCAGAUCGUCAUGCGCUUCGCAUCGAACGUCACUCACCCUCAUGUAUGCGGGAAGGAAUCUGUUGAAAUUCGAUGUUACUAUGGGCACUGUCAUGGAG